AAAAACUUAACACGAAUUGCGUAGUGAAAAAAAUAUUGCAGAAAUCCUAAAUAAUUCAUAAAAAAAAUAUUAAAAUAAUUGUGAUAAAUAUUUAAUAAAUUUUUUAACGACUUGAAGUUAAACAAAACAACUCAAAGUUUUAAGAUGUCUUACGCCUAUUUAUUCAAAUAUAUUAUAAUUGGUGAUACAGGUGUUGGUAAAUCAUGCCUCCUACUACAAUUUACCGAUAAACGUUUCCAACCUGUGCAUGAUUUAACAAUUGGUGUUGAAUUCGGUGCCCGCAUGAUAACUAUCGAUGGCAAACAAAUCAAAUUACAGAUAUGGGAUACCGCUGGUCAAGAGGCAUUCAGAUCAAUAACACGAUCAUAUUAUCGUGGUGCAGCUGGGGCUUUGUUGGUAUAUGACAUUACAAGACGUGAAACUUUUAACCAUUUGACAACAUGGUUAGAGGAUGCCCGACAACAUUCAAAUUCCAAUAUGGUUAUAAUGUUGAUAGGAAAUAAAAGCGAUUUAGAGUCAAGACGUGAGGUUAAAAAGGAGGAGGGUGAAGCCUUCGCCCGUGAACAUGGUUUAGUCUUUAUGGAAACAUCAGCACGUACCGCCGCCAAUGUUGAGGAAGCUUUUAUUAAUACAGCCAAAGAAAUUUAUGAGAAGAUUCAAGAAGGUGUUUUCGAUAUCAAUAAUGAGGCCAACGGUAUUAAAAUUGGUCAACAGCAUUCCCCGACAAAUCCUGCACUGCCCGGUUCUGGUAAUCAAGCUGGGUCAGCCAGUAGCGGUUGUUGUUAAAAUUUGCUCGGCUUUUUUCAUGCAACUUUAAGUAAAAAAACAAACAAAUAAAACCGACAUCAAACUAACAGUGAAAAAAUACUUGUAUUUUAUUUUUUACACCAUCUUUACGAUGAAAAAAACUAAAAAAAAACAAAUUAUAGAAAAAACGAACUUUCUCUGAAAUUAAAUUCUUCUCCUUUUUAAUAAUUAGACAACCAUAUACAAAAAGAAAAAUAAUAUUAAAAAAAACAAUUUAAAAUUCUAUCUCUUGAUAACCAAAAAGAAAACAGUCAUAAAAAGUGAAAUCUAUAGCAAAAAAAUAUAAAUUUCACUUGAAGCUACAUAAAAACACAAUUAUUACAAUUAAAAUAUAAUUAUUAACUAAAAAUUAAAAAAAAAAAUAUUGUGCAAAAAACUUUAUAAUAUAAAUAUUUAUAAAUAAAACAACAAAACAUUCGUAAAUAUAACAAUUGGCUUUUUUGUAAAAACAACCUCAUUUUUAUAAAACUUAAACUACAAUAUUCUUUUCAAUAUUAUCAAAAUUAGCUUCAAAUAAUUGAGAUUAAUUUGUGAUUUAGUUUAUUUUUCUUUGCAACUUCGUUGCGCUAAAUUUUUUAGUUUUAUAAAUAUACAUAUAUUUUUCUUUAACGCGGUUAAGGAUUCUUUCUAGUUUUGUUUUAACUUUUAGUUCAAUUGUCUCCAUUUACACUUUUAAUUUCUUUACUUUUUAAGUUUUACAUGAAAUCAAACAAGAAAACCAAACUACAUAUAUUGUGUGUGUGUGUUUUAUAUAUAAAAUUAUUUAAAUAAAAUAAACUAAACUAAAGAUAGUGAGCCUAAACUUAUACACAUUUAAAAUAUUAAAUAAACAAAAGAUUUUGAAAAAAAACAAACAA